UCCAUAUUUUUAGGCUUUAGCUUAGGUUUCUUCUUCUUCGUUUUCGUCGAUUCUAGGGUUUGGAAUCGCGUUGAUUUGAAGCGCCGUGCUGAUAAUGAGGCCUUUUUGAUUCAUCGAAGGAACGUUGAUUCAUCGAACUACUUUAAGUAUCUAGGGCUUGCGAUUUUUAUUGAGUUGGGAACUAGGGUUUUUCGUUUCCAAUGGCCGAUCGGAGUUCAGCCUUGGCGAAGCCGAUAUGGGUGAAGCAAGCCGAGGAGGCGAAGCUGAAGAGCGAGGCGGAGAAAGCGGCGGCGGCGAAAGCGGCUUUCGAAGCCACAUUCAAGGACGUGGAAAAGAGCCGCGAGAAGGGCGGCGCGGCGGCUUCGUCAGACAGCGAGAGCGACGAGGAGGCCGAGGAGGACCUGUCGAGGAAGCCUAUUGGCCCGGCGGACCCCGCGAAGUGCAUGGCGGCCGGGGCCGGGAUCGCGGGCGGGACGGCCUGCGCGCCGUCGUCGUUUGUGGUGACUGCGAAGGACGCCGACGGCAGGAAGUGCCCGAAUGGGGGCGCCCAGAUCAAGGUGAAGGUGUCUCCCGGGGUGGGAGUGGGAGGGACGGAGCAGGAAGGGGUGGUGAAAGAUAUGGGUGAUGGGACUUAUACGGUUACUUAUGUGGUGCCGAAGAGAGGGAAUUAUAUGGUCAACGUUGAGUGUAAUGGCAAACCAAUCAUGGGCAGCCCAUUCCCAGUGUUCUUCAGUGCAGGUGCAACUACUCCUACUAGCGGAGGACUAUUGGGUUUGGCUCCCACAUCUACAUUUCCGAAUCUAGUUAACCAAACCAUGCCUAACAUGCCAAAUUACUCAGGGUCUGUUUCAGGGGCAUUUCCAGGACUGUUGGGAAUGAUUCCUGGCAUCAUUCCUGGUGCUUCAGGUGGGGCCAUUUUGCCCGGAAUUGGAGCAUCUCUUGGCGAAGUUUGUCGAGAAUAUCUUAAUGGUCGCUGUGCCAAAACUGAUUGCAAGUUGAAUCAUCCUCCUCAUAACCUUCUAAUGACAGCAUUAGCUGCAACAACCAGCAUGGGUACUGUAAGUCAAGUGCCAAUGGCACCUUCUGCUGCUGCAAUGGCUGCUGCUCAGGCAAUUGUUGCUGCACAAGCCCUUCAAGCCCAUGCUGCGCAGGUGCAAGCCCAAGCUAAGUCGGGCAAAGACUCAUCUGCUUCACCUGACAAAGCUGGAAAGGAUGAUGCAUUGAAGAAAACACUUCAAGUUAGCAAUCUUAGCCCACUUCUCACUGUCGAACAACUGAAACAACUUUUUAGCUUCUGUGGAACAGUUGUUGAAUGUACGAUCACUGAUUCAAAGCAUUUUGCAUACAUAGAGUACUCUAAACCUGAAGAAGCAACAGCUGCAUUAGCAUUGAAUAAUAUGGAUGUUGGGGGUCGCCCCAUGAACGUUGAAAUGGCUAAAUCACUACCUCAAAAACCAGCUAUACUAAAUUCACAACUGGCUUCUUCAUCUUUACCCAUGAUGAUGCAGCAGGCUGUUGCCAUGCAACAAAUGCAAUUCCAACAGGCUUUGCUUAUGCAGCAAACUAUGAUGACACAACAAGCAGCAAGCCGAGCUGCAACCAUGAAGUCUGCCACUGAAUUGGCUGCCGCAAGAGCUGCAGAAAUAAGUAAGAAGUUGAAGGCUGAUGGACUUGUGAGUGAAGAAAAGGAAGAGAAGGAAGAAAAGGAAGCAAAGCCAAAAUCUAGGUCGCCUUCACCUUCUCGCAAGAAGUCAAGAUCCAAGUCAAGAUCACCAAUCAAUUAUCAUAGAAGGCGGAGAUCCCCUUCUUACUCUCCUCCUUCCCGCCAAGCUAGAGAUCGUCGAUCUAGGUCACCGAUAAGGUCUCGCCAUUAUUCUAGCUAUGACAAUGAGCGACGGUCAUUUAGAGAGAUUAGGGAUGGUGGUGACCGAUAUAGACGAAGGGAUUCAGGUAGAUCACGCGAUCAUCAUGUGUCUUCUUCAAGAAAACAUAGGAGUAGGAGUGCUAGUCCUGGAAGACGGAAGUCAUAUAGAGUUGAUUCUGUAUCACCAAAACGUCAUCGAGAAAGUACUCCACGCAGAGCAACUCGUGCUGGUUCAAGAUCGCCGAGCUACAGUAGAGGAAAUAGGUCAUCUCCAAGAAUCGAUGAUGAACGCAAGCUAAAUCACAGAAAACGUUCAAGGUCGAUAUCUCCAGAUGGUAAGUAUCACUCAAAUGGCACAAGAGAUGAAACCCGCCAUGAAAGAUCAAAGCACCGUGACAGAAGGCGCUCCAGGUCAGUCUCUGCAGAAGAUAAGCAUCAUAGAAUGUCAUUCGCAAGAAGUACAAAUGAAACUAAAUCUAAACAUAGAAGGCGGUCCAGGUCAAAAUCUGUGGAAGGUAAGCAUCGGUCUGUUGAGAAGGAUGCUAACAGAGAUGACAAGUCAAAGCAUCGUGGUAGAAGGCGUUCCAGGUCGACAUCUUUGGAAAGUAAGCGUCUCUCAGAUGGGAAAAUGAAUGAAACAAGAAAUGAGGAUUCAAAACAUGAUGUCAGGCGGUCAAGAUCAAGAUCAAGGUCAGAGUCUUUGGAAGAUAAGUUUCACUUUGAUGAUAGCGUGGAAGGAGGUAGAAAUGAAAAAUCAAAACAUCAUGCUAAGAGGCGUUCCAGGUCAAGAUCUGUUGAAAGCAAUCAUAAAUUGAAGGAGAAAGUGGAUGAUGGUAGGGAUAAAAGACCAAAGCAUCGUGGUAGAAGGCGGUCCAGAUCAGUAUCUGUUGAGGCUAAGCAUCACAGAAGGAGUAGAUCAUCCUCGAGAAGUUCUGGGGAAACCAAAAUGAAACAUAGCAGGCGUUCUGGGUCUAAGUCUCCUGAUGGCAAGAACAACUUUAAAGAUAAAUUAAAUGAAACAAGAUACAAGAAAUCAAAGAGUGGUAGGAGAAAAAGAUCUAGGUCAAGUUUGCUUGAAGAGAAGCUUCGCAGAGGAAGUAGCGGAUCUCAAAGUAGUUCGGAUGAGUCUGAGUCAAAAAACAUAAGGCGGUCUAAGUCAGAUUCUGAAGGUAAUACUCGUGGGGAAAACAAGGUGGAACCUGAUUCAAGGAGGCCAAGUAAACAUGAAGCACCUAUCACUGAGCAUUUAGAGAUUGGUGGAGCUGAACUGGAGGAUCAAAAUGGCAGAGGCAUGUGAAUAAUGAUCCAGAUAUUUCAGCUGACAACAGCGCAGAGAAUAUGAUUAUGGAUGGCAGCAGGGCUGUUUGAAUUCAACAUUUUUCGCUCCAAACAAUGCUGACUAGAGCGAUUCUGCUGAUAAACUCCAAUCAAGACUUUGAGAUUCUUAUAUAUGAACUUAAUCUAACUUGCUAGAAUGGCCGUGUUCUGGGAAGACUGCUUAAUUUUUCUAUUGGUGCGUGGCUCUUCAUGAAUUUUGCUGUGUGUUUGUUUUAUCUUUUGCAGGUCCUUUUGGAACAUACUGGAUUAAUUAUUUCAAGGGUGUUCUGCUUUCAUCUGCAAUCAACUCAUGCAUUGGUUGUAGUGAGCUUCUUUUUCUGAUUUAUGGCUCUUUGCAUGGUGAUGUCUUUGGAGCUUUGUGAGAUUCAUUUUGGCGCAGUUGGUUUUUUUGUGUGAUGUAAAUGAAGGUAAUGCUAAAGUCAAGUGAUACUCAGAUUUUGCUGGGAGGAAUUGCAUCAAAAUUCAUGGUGAUGAGUUUGAGCAGACGGGGGAUUACUUUUUAUUCUUUUACUUGAAUGUACACGUUGAAUGCAUAAUGGUUUUAAACAGGUAAUUUUCCUCAAUUACUGGGUUUGUUCUGUUGGGGAAAUUUCAGCACCUAUAGUUUCCUUUUAACCUUUACAACCUUCUUGACAGCUUGCUAACCUGCAAACAUGCUUUUUAGUAUUACAUUGUUCUUUCUUUGAGAUAAAAUAAAAGUGCUUGAUGUAGUAGUUAUUCGCUGAAUAUCUCUCUUCAUAAGUUAAAAGUUACGUUCUAGUAAUUAGGUUUCUGUCAGUUGGCUAUCGUAAAGCAGUCCUACGCAAUGGCUUCCCCGUGGGAAUUCCCGAGUGUUUUUGCUGUUAUGGAACAAUGAAUCUGCUAGUUGGGAGGAUUUUUGGUACUAUUUUUAUUUGCACAGAGGCCAUUUUUACGCCAACUGUUUUUGGCAUUUAGACCGACAUUGUAUGCUAUCUGAGGUAUAGGUUUAGCUUUUAAUGGAAUGUUAGCUUCAUCCUCUGCACUACUUUGAGGCUUGAGGAACUCGCUAUGCUUUUUGGCUGCUGUUCUGUGCAGUAGUUUUUCAAUUCUUCAUAUGUUCAUAGCUAAAAUUAAUGCGUGUUUCCCGUUUGAAAAAUGUUAGCUCCAGUCGUCUGCUACGCCUUUCUCUUCACUUGUGAAGAAUUGGCAUUCGAAAGAGAUAAAUUCAUCGAGCCUGAAAGGGUUAUAUAAGGGAUUUUCAGUUCCCAAGCUAUAUUGUGGCCCUC